AUGCUUCGGCGCACUUUUGCUGUUGUGCAGAAAGGCGAACGAGGACUUUAUUUUCCCAUUAAUCACCGCAUUGUGGACCGUCGAAUUGCCUCGGGGGUCACUGUGGAGGAGGCGGAUGUGCAGUCGCGGUAUCGUCGUGAGCUUCGCACGAGCUUUGCUACCGGAGAAACGCGACAGACGAUUCCUCCUGCCUGGAGUGCUUGCGAGCGGCCUACGCACUUCUUAUCAUUGCGUCUUCCAGUGAGAAAUGUCCUUAGAACACGUGUGAAUGAAAUGCAUAAUCAGAUUCUCUUUUCUCACCAGCAGCAUGCCCCGCUGCUGGUCCCACUGGAAAAAUUACACAUUACUUUGGGCGUGAUGGCCAUUUCGGAGAGGGAGGAAACUGAGAGGUUGGCAUCAAUUUAUGACUGCGUUUCGGAGGUGUUUUCGGUGAUCCAUCCGCUGCAGCUUCGAUUUAGGGGUCUGGGGACAUUUGGUUUUGGCCGUGUUCUAUUUAUACGUGUUGUACCCGAGGCAGAUUUUGGUAUUCUGGAAACCGCUGUUUCCAAAAUCCGUCGAAGGGUUGGCGGUGAGUUAAAAGUGGACAUGAAGGGUAAUCCACAUGAUUCCUACGUGCCUCACGUCACCAUCGCGAAAAUUAGGUCCAAACAGCAGACGCAGUUUGGCAGCAAGAUACCCAUAUCGAUGUGGGUAGAGUAUCAGCACCACGAUUUUGGGGAUGUGACCUUUUCGCAAGUUGAUAUUUGUAGCAUGAGAGGGUCAAAAGAUGGAUAUUACCACACGGAGGGUUCAGUGCACCUGUUGUAG